UUCCCCCCUCAUCUUCAGGGAUGCUCUAUUUGGAGCCGUUGCCUUCUCCUCCCUCCAAGGAAGUCAGCCUCUAAUUUCCCAUGGUGGUGAUACUGGGUAGGUGGGGAGUAUGGUAGGUAGGGGAGAGGACUGUGGAGAACAGGAAACAGUCACAUCAGUACCCCCAAAUGGUCAAGUUUGAGCUGCAUGAUUGCAUUUUGAGAAAGCUGGUAAGAAGUCAAGAUCAUCUUGGGUGAGGAGACAGAGGAGUGCCUGCCUCAAGAAAAUCAGAAGGAAGACCUUGGACCCUUGAGGGGACUAGGACUUCUAUGUCAGGACCAUGGUUGAAUUUUAACAAUCCCUACUACUCAGGCUCACUUACCUGCCCAUGUACCCUACGUAGCUUCUCCAUGUAAUGCUCACAACAGUCCAAGCGUCAGGUACUAUCAUUCCCACUUUGCAGGUGAAGAAAUGGAGGCUCUGAGAGAUAAGAAAUUUACCCAGGACUCAAGCGUGGGCCUGUGGGACUGUAUGUCCUCACAGCCAGCACAAGCUUUGCUAGCACCCACCCUCCCCACCACUCACACCUGGCUGGCCAGAUAUCCUCUCACAGGUGGAACCUCUCAUCUAUCGCUGGAGCUGCCUCCCAAGCAAAGAAGGAUGAAAUGAAAAUCUUGCUUAAGUCAAGGCAUUUGUCUGGUGUCCACUGCUAAUGGACCUAAAGAGGAAGAGGACCUUGGGAUUGGACACCUGGGCCUCCUUCCUUUGCAAAAGGUCUGAGCUAGAGAUGGACUUGGGACUGAAAGAUUGGUCCCAAGUCUGGGAAGAGCCUGAGAGCCAGCUCAGCUGACCUCAUCAGGAAACAGCAUCUGGAGGCAUACUGACAACCUCUGAGAGUCCCUCAGGUUCUGGAGAUACCUCUGUCAGUCUCCCCACCGUCUCUGCCAGUCUCCUAUUUCUGAGGAUAUCUCUCUGUUGGUCUCCCCACUGUCUCUGCUGGUAUCCCUACCAUCUCUGCCAAUCUCCCUACCAUCUCUGAGAAGAUCUCUGUCAGUCUCCCCACCAUGUCUACCAGUCUCACCACUGUCUCUGGGUAGAACUCUGCCGAUCUCUGCACGUUCUUUGCAAGUUUCUCAACAGUUUCUUCACCUUCUGGGAGUUUUCCAAAUAGUUCUCAGAUUUCAGCUACAACCAUUUCUGGGAGCACUACAGUAACAUUCUCGGUGUUGCUAGGUGAUAUUUCUAUUUCUCAAUCUAUCUCUAGAGGGCUUUUUAGCUUGGCCUGUGGCUCUGGGCGGGGGCUUCCUGUACUCAGCCACGUGUAAGUCAACAGUUCCCCAAAAUCUCAUUGGAGCAGUGCCCUGGGCUUGGUGGCUAUACAAAGCACCCCCUCCAACCCCACCCCUGCUUUUCAAUUCAUAAACUUUUUCUCUUGUAGUUAGUGUCUUUUGUAUCCUACCUAAGACUUUUUUUUGGCCUACUUUAAAGUCAUAAACAUAUUCUCUUAUGCAUGCUUCUGGAAGCUUUCUUAUUUGGGCUUUGAAAUUUAAGCCUAUGAUUUGUCUUCGAUUAAUUUCUGUGUAUGGAGUAAGGUAGAGGUCGGUUCAUUUUCUCCCUGUAUGGAUAACCAGUUGCCUCAGAGCCAUUUAUUUCAAAGACCCUCCCUCUCUGCCCACCAUUGAGUUGUGUGAGUAUCUUUAUCAAAAGGCCGGUGAGCAUAUACAUGUGGGUCUAUUUCUGGACUCUAUUCUGUUCCUCUUUUUUUUUUUUUAAGUUUAUUUCUUUCUUUUGAGAGAGAGGAAGAGUGUGGGAGUUUACAUGUGCACAUGAGUGGGGGAGGGGCAGAGAGAGAGAGAGAGAGAGAGAGAGAGAGAGAGAGAGAGAGAGAAUCCCAAGAAGGCUCUUUGCUGUCAGUGCAGAGCCUGAUGUGGGGUUCAAACCCACAAACUGUGAGAUCAUGACCUGAGCUGAAACCAAGAGUUGGACACUUAACCAACUGAGCCACCCAGGCACCCCUAUUCUGUUCUUCUGUGUCUAUUUUUAGGUCAGUGCCAUAGUACUUAAUGACCUCAGCUUUGUAGCAAGUUUCAAGAUCUGGUAGUUUAAGUCUUCUACUUUUGUUUUGUUUUGAGAUUUCUCAGCCAUUCUCAGUCUUCAUUUUCAUAGAAUUAGCUCAUCUAUUUAUACCAACAACUCGCUAGGAUUUUUAUUUUAUUUUUAAUGUUUAUUUAUUUUUGAGAGAGAGAGAGAGACAGAGCGUGAGCAGGGGAAGGGCAGAGAGAGAGAGGGAGAAACAGAAUCUGAAGCAGGCUCUAGGCUCUGAGCUGUCAGCACAGAGCAAAAUUCAGGACUCAAACUCAAGAACAACGAGAUCAUGACCUGAGCAAAUUUUAGACGCUGAACAAACUGAGCCACCCAGGUGCCCCUAUAAGUCGCUAGGAUUUUGAUUGAGAGAACACUGAAUGUAAUUUCUGCUUCUGCUCUCACUUCUGAUCUCUUCUGGCCAUUUUUUCUCUCUUCCCUUCUAGGAUCUGCAUCCCUCACGACAGCCCCUGGAACGGCUCCCAUUGGGUCUGGCCUUCCACAUAGCUAGCAUGGCUGUCUCAGGAGGCUCCACUCCCAUAAUGGCUGGAGUGGCCACCACAUGCCCCGAGCUCAGAAUCCUGACCAGUAAGGCGCUCUUAUUUGCAUUGGGCCAUUUACCAGUAAAGAUGAUGGUUGGGCCCAUUCUCUCUUACUCUUCUGCAGCCAGCUCUGGCUCCUGGAGGGGAGUACAGGCAUUCAUUAGUGCCUGAUUUCAACUGUGUUUUGAGUAUGUCUGAUGAUGUUUCCAGUUCUUAACGGGGUUUCGGUGCUCCCUUGAGCUUCUGGUCACACCAAUAGCCAGAUGUCUGUUACCUGAUUGCUUCCUUGAAAAGUUUUCAACUUCCUUUCUCAUGGCUUUGAUCUUUCUGGUGUAAGAAACAUCCCCUCCAAGGAUCCUGUUCCCCUUCCUCCCUCUUUUUCCUUCUCCUCUCCCUUCCAUUCCCAGCAGGGAUGGCAUGGGCAGCUUCCCCCCCCCCCCACCCAGUCCCCAGUAGCUAAAGGCAGGAAAUUAAGGGAGGAAAGACAGGGGAGCAGGCUCAGGCCACUUUCCCAGUGGGAAAGACUGGGGUUCAGAAGAAGGAGAGAGGCCCACCUGGGCAUCCUCAUAGUAGAGACAUUGCAGAGUGAGAUAUAUAUGACAACAGAGCUGGAGAUAUGGAGGAAGGUUCAGAAAGAUGGAAAGAUGUGGAUGUCAGUGAUGUGGAUGUCAGUACCUGUCAGUGACCAAGUAGGGAUGGGGAGUUGGGGCCACCAAAAGAGAGAAUGGGGAGUGCUGGAGGCUGACCAGAUCAGGGAGACACUAAAUUCAGCUCUAUCCAGGCAGUGAAGACUGUGUGGAGUCACAUUAGCCUGGGUGUUGAAUCCUAGCCCCACCAAUAUAGCUGUGUGAUCUUGUGCAAAUUACUUAACCUCUCUGUGUCCAGAUUUCUCAUUAAUAAUAACUAAUACUUAAAUAGCACUUAUUAUGUGCAAGGGGCUGUACAUACAUACCUAUGUACCUGUGAUAUAGAUAAUAUUAUUACCCCUCAUUUUAUAGAUGAGUGCUGGAUAAAAUGAGAAUGAUAGGUCAAAAGGCUGUUGGAGAAUGAAAUGAGCUAUACAUGUAAAGCCCUUAGCUGCUUGGCAUUAAUGCUCAAUAUUCCCCUUAUUCAUCGUUACUAUCAUUUCACUUGAAGAGGGAUGCUGAGAACCUGAGUUGUCAAGGAGAGGGAGCAGCCCAUGGGGAGAGCUGAGGGCUGGGAGCACAUUCCUGGGGCCCUCAGUUGACCCACCCUCUCCAUGGUCUCUCAGGCCUGCCAGUUCUGGAAGGAGAUGAGUGUGGAGUGUGGUAGUGGCUCUGUGACCCCUUAUGACUGCCACCAUAGGGACACCAGCCACUACCCUGUCAAAUGAAGGGGUGGGGCCGGGAUGGUAGAGUAUCCCUCUCCCUUCAACCUUCCUUCUUCCUCUCCAAAACAGACUCAUUCUCAGACUCAGCCUUCCCAUUCAGUUAGCUGGGACCAUUUCCUGCGGGUGGAUUCCUGGGGCCACCAGCCCAUCCAGGUCUCCUUCACCAACAGUAUAAGGGGAUCAGUCACCAAGUAGGAGGCUGAGGUUCUGGUCUGGGUCCUGCCACCAGCCUGCCAUUUGGACCUAACUUCUCUGAAGCAGUUUUCUCAGCUGCAGAAGGAAGGACCAGGGCUAGCUGGUCUCCAGGAGUCUUCUAGCCUUCAUGAAGUCUAGGUCUGGGCAGUUGGAACCUUUGUCCUUCACCCUUUCUUCCCAUUCCCACCCUCUUCCUUAGAGAGCCUCACUAGCUAGGGAUACUUUGGACAUCCCAUGUGCAGGAUGGGGAAGCUCUCCCUUCACAGCUCCUUCCAUAUGGAGCCCCUUUGGGCUGGCUCCUGGCCCUCCCAACACCUCCAGUCCUCUCACUUUGAGACAGGCGAGGAGUCUUGCUCUGUGAUGCCUCCUUAGACCACUCUGAGUGGAUGAAGGACACAAUUCUUGCUAAAUAAAACACCACCCCCUCCACUUGUCUCCUAGUCAUUGUGUAUUUGUCAAAGCACAUGUGCUUUGCCAUUAUGCAGGUACCGACCAAGUCUGGUCUCCUGCUUACCAGGUGUGUGACCUUGGGCAAGUCACUUCCCUAAUCUGAGACUGUUUAUUCUCAUCGGUAAAAUGAAGCUAACGUUGCUAAUCUCAUAGGUUAUAAGAAGGUAAGGUGUUUAGCAUAUUCUUUGGCACAUAGAAAUGCUCAAACGUUAGAAAUUAGUAGGAUUAUUUUGUGACUAACCCCUCAGCCUCUAACUCAGACACAACAACCUCUACUCACACUAAGAGAUCAACCUGAGCCUCUACUUACCCCCUAGUUUCUCUAACCCAGAUGCAUGGGUCGUCUGGAGGAAGUUGUAGCUAAAAGAGAAGGGCGGAUGUUUAUUUAUGCAACUAAAGCAGAGAUUGUGAAUCUCAGCACCACUGAAAUAUUGGGCUGGAGAGUUCUUUGUUGCGGGUUGGGGGCUGUCCUGAGCAUUGUGUAUUAUGUUGAAUAGUACCUCUGGCCUCUAUCCACUAGAGGCUAGUGACACCCCUUCCAAGUUGUGACAAGAAUAUCUCUAGGGACACCUGGGUGGCUGAGUUGGCUGAGCAUCCGACUCUUGAUUUUGGCUCAGGUCAUGAUCCCAGGGUUGUGGGAUCAAGCCCCAUGUCAGGCUCCACGCUUAGCAUGGAGCCUUCUUGAGAUAUUCUCUCUCUCUCUCUCUCUCUCUCUCUUUCACUCGGUCCCUCUCACUCCCACUCUCUCUCUCUAAAAUAAAAUUAAAAAACAAAAAAAAAAGAAUACCUUUGGACUUUCCCAAAUGUUUGCUGGGGGAGCAAAACUGUCCCUCUCUGUUGAGAACCACUCUCCUAGAGGCCUAGGUUCCUGGGGGAGAGGGUGGGGCUGGGGACUAAUGGAAAAGGGAGUUGUUAGUCACUCUGGGUCCAGAUGGAGCUACAGGGGAAGGCCUGCUGCUGCCUUAGUUCCUCCAUCUUUCAGGGUGCUCCCUUUCAGGGAGGCAGGCCACCCAGUUCUAAGUAAUCAGUCUUUGGCCUGACUCCAUGGAGCCUCAUUAAUUUCCCAUUAAUUACAUUAAUGAGAAGUUGGCCUGUUCCCUUCUCACUCAUUCCAGCCCUGCCUAGGGCUUAGGGACAAGUCACACCAAGUAAUGAGAACAAUUCAUAUGUUCUCCCAAAAUGUCUCUUUGGUCCUCCCAUGAGCCCCACUGCCCUGAGCCCCUGGCUUCUUGACCUUUAGAUCUUGACCCCCUCCACUCCUUCUGCCUGCUCCACUUCCCCCAGAAAGGCAGCAGACGGUCCAGACACCCACUCUGUAUAGCCGAGUAGUAAGUGCCUACUGAUUGUCUACUGUGUGCCAGACACUACCUCAGGUGACGGGGAAAGCAGCAGUGGUCAAGACAAAGACCUUGCCUGCAGGGUGCUUACUUUCCAUGAGAGGAGACACACUGUGAACAAAUCAAGUGAGCCAUAAAGAGGUGGUGACUUGGACACCUGGAUGCAUGACUUUCUCCUUGGCCCCAGUAGUCUGUCCCCCACAACUCCAGCCCCAGGUACUGCCACUUGGAAGUCCAGUGAAUGAAUUUUGACAGUCUUCUGAACUAAUGCUUGCUCUAGGCAAGGAAUCAGGAGGAGGGAAAGAGGAAGACUCCAGGAGAUUCUAGAAGUGAGAUGUCUGCAUUUCUAUAUAGGGGUGAUAGGGGCUUGGAGGCAAGUGAUGGCUGCUGGGCUGAUGUGGGAGAGGAGGGAAGGGGUGGGCUGAAGGCAGAGCCCCUGUACACCAAGCAUCUCUACCAAAGAACUCAGCCUCCAUUCCCAUCUGUGUCCCUGGUGAGGUGUGUGAUGUUGGGUCCUGGGCUUCUGUAUCAGUCUUGUAGCUUGUCUCUGUCACUGUCCCCACUGUAUCCACAUCUUGUGUCAUCUCUGGACAUCUGGAAGCACCUGUCUCUGCAGUAGUGGACCAUGUGAGGUCUUUCCGCUUCUUUGCUCUUUCACCUGAUACUCAUGGAUGACUCCACCCAUAGCAAAAAGAGUGACCAUGUGUGAAUAAGGGGUGUGGAAAACAGGGCUGACGCGAGAGAAGUGGAAGGGCAAAUGUGAAGCUGGAGAACCAGAAUGUGAAUCUCCUCCCAGAACCUGAGCACCCAAUCACCCCCCCCCCAUCUGCCUCACCCAUCAGAGCCCAGUCCUUUUAGAACCCAGCAAUAUGCUCCCUAUCUCCUCAGAGCCCUGGAGGCUGCCCCCACCCAGUCCCCUCUCCCUCUGCUGGGGCUGGGUCAGGAGUCUGCCCAUUCUGUAUUCCUUUUCCCAGAUCCCACCCAUUCAGCAGGCGCCCAGGUGCUUGGCUCUGUGACACAGCAGUUGCGGUCUCCUGUUAUCAGGGCACCCUUGUGGGGUGGGGCUGUUCCAUUUGCUUAAGGUUGAGACCUGGGGGGCCCCAGCCCUCAUGACGUCAAACAUGGAUCCAUUUAAGCUGAGAGGACCCCAGCCCAUGGUCCCAAGCAGCUGUCCAACUCCAACAUGGCCCAGCCAGCCCACUGCAUCCGCUCCACCUUUGGCCUCCACUGCUGCCUCAUCUUCCUUUUAGCUUCUCAGGAGGCAGGUGCUAUCACAUUUCAAGAACUUCAGAAAACUGGUGAUUCCCCAGCAUCUGAUAAUUUGUUCCCUCCUAUUUCAGGCUUUGUUUAUAGUGCACCCCCUGAUCAUACUGCUCUUCAGUCAAGCCAUAGCCCUCUAGACCUUAGUAAAUCUACAGAAACCCAUAAUCUAAAACGCAAUUGCAACACUACACACCAUCUCAAGCCGAUUUACAAACACAUAGGUAAUUCCCAAAACUCUACAAGUCAUCAUGAAGUUCUUCCUACUUCUGAAAAAACCCCGAGCAAUCAAGGAAGAGACCCAAAUGUUCGGAAUGGACGGUCUAUUGAUCCUACUGACUCUACUAACACACAUAAAGGAUCGUCUGGUGUAAAAUAUCCAACGUCAGCACCCAAGAUCAAAACAACUUGCCUUAAGUUCAAAUCAGUUAUAGGAUCAGAUAAAAGUGUAACAUCUUUGAGAAACAUUACUUCAGAGAGUAAAAGCGCUACUUCACAGAAGACCAUAAAUCCUGUCCACAACUCAGGAAAUUCGGAGAGCAAAAAAAUACCUGUGUAUUCCUCAGGCAAAAGCACAACAGCCCCAUCAGAUGAGGUUACAAGAACCCCACGAAGGUCAGAAAGAGCUGGAGAUCAUACAAUAGCUGCUAAUCUCAGAACUACAGUUGCCUCAGGCACAACGAUGAUGAAGACUACAGGACAUAUAAACAGGACAUCACCCAUUGAAAAGACCACACAAAUACCAGCAACACUUAGAGAACAUGGACACAGCACCAUAUCAGCUCAUAUAAAUAUCACAAAAUCACUAGAAAACUCACUAGAACAUGGAAAAGUAGCCACAUUGCCUUAUGAGAAGACUCCGGGAGUCCCAACAGAAUCUACAAAAUAUGGAGAAGAGACUACAUCAACCAACAAGAAAACCACACUAACCCCCCAAAAGUCCAAGAAACAUGGACAGAACACCACUCCGGACAGCAGAAGGAUCACAAGGGCCCCAGAAGGGCCCACUGACUAUGGUGAGAAGACAACCCCCGCCAAUGGAAAGACCAUGAGAGCCCCAGCAGGGCCCAAGGACCAUGAGAAGACCACCCCAGCCAACAGGGAGGUCACAAGACCCGUGGAAGGGCCUAAGAAUCAUGAGAAGAAGACCACUACAGUCAACGGGAAGACCACAAAUGCCCCAGAAAGCCCCAAGGGUCAUGGGGAGAAGACUACAUCAGCCAACGGGAUGAUCACAAGAACCCUAGAAGGGCCCAAGGACUAUGGGGAGAAGACCACCCCAGCCAAUGGGAAGACCAUGAGAUCCCUAUCAGGGUUCAAGGACCAUGAGAAGAUCACCCCAGCCAACAAGGAAAUCACAAGAUCCCCGGAAGGGCCUAAGGAUCAUGAGAAGAAGACCACUACAGUCAACAGGAAGAUCACAAGUGCCCCAGAAGGCCCCAAGGGACAUGAUGAGAAGACUACAUCAGCCAAUGGGGUGACCACAAGUGUCCCAGAAGGGCCCAAGGAACAUGAGGAAAAGACCACAAGAACUCCAGAAGGGCCCAAGGACCACAGGGAGAAGACCACCACAGUCAGGAAGAUCACAAGUGCCCCAGAAAGGUCCAAGAACCAUGAGGAAAGGACUACAUCUGCCAAUGGGAUGAUCACGAGAGCCCCAGAAGGCCCCAAGGAAUAUGGGAAGAAAACCACAAGAACCCUAGAAGGGCCCAAGGGCUCUGGUGAGAAGACAACGCCAGCUAAUGGGAAGACCACGGGAGCCCCAGAAGGGCCUGAGAACCAUGGGGGGAAGACCACUAGAGCCCUAGAAAGGACCAAGGACCACAGGGAGAAAAACACCCUGGCCAAUGGGAAGACGACAAGAGCCCCAGAAGGGCCCACGGACCAUAGGGGGAAGACCACUAGAGCCCUAGAAGGGAUCAAAGACUAUGGUGAGAAGACAACCCUAGCCAAUGGGAAGACGAUGAGUGCCCCAGAAGGGCCCAAGGACCAUGGGAAGACCACCCCAGCCAACAGGGAGACCACAAGAGCCCUGGAAGGUCCCAAGCAUCAUGGGGAGAAGACCACCACAGUCAACAGGAAGACCACUAGAGUCCUAGGGGGGCCCAACGACCAUAAGGAGAAGACCACCCUGGCCAAUGGUAAGACCACAAGAGUCCCAGAAGGGUCCAAGGAUGAUGGGGGUAAGACCACCAGAGCCCUACAAGGGUCCAAGGACCAUGGGGAGAAGAACACAACAGUCAAUGGGAUGACCACGAGAGCCCCAGAAGGCCCCAAGGACCAUGGGGAGAAGACCACCAGAGCCCUAAAAGGGCCCAAGGACCAGAGGGAGAAGACCACCCCAGCCAACGGGAAGACCACAGGAGCUCCAGAAGGGCCCAGGAAUCACAGGGAGAAGACUACACUGGCCAAUGGGAUGACCACGAGAGCCCCAGAAGUUCCUACAGACCAUGGGGAGAAAACCACCCCAACCAACAGGGAGACCACAAGAGCCCCAGAAGGGCCCAAGGACAAUGGGGAGAAAACAACACUGGCCAAUAGGAUGACCACGAGAGCCCCAGAAGGCCCCAAGGACCAUGAGGGGAAGACCACUAGAGCCCUAGAAGAGCCCAAGAACCAUGGGGAGAAGAACACAACGGUCAAUGGGAAGACCACAAGAGCCCCAGGAAUUCCCACAGACCAUGGGGAGAAGAUCAUCUCGGCCAACAGCAAUACCACAAGAGCCCCAGAGAGGCCCAAAGAACAUGGAGAAAAUGCCACUCCAGCCAAUAAGAAGACAACAAGAACUCAAGCCAAAUCUAUAAAACAUGGAGUAAAGGCCACAUUGGCCACUGAGACCACAAAACCCCCAAGAAAACCUAAAGAAAGUGUAGGAAAAAACACAGCUUCCACAGAGACUAUAAGACCUCCAUUCAAUGUCACAGGAGACAAAUCUGUCACUAAUACCUCUCCUGGUUCAAAUAAAACUGAUGUUACCUAUGGGGUACCCAUUGGUUCUUUGACACUCACCACAUCUCACAUAGAGCUGAGUUCCAUCAUGUCAGAAGCCCCAGGCAACCAAAACCAUCCAUAUCAGAACAAAGAUGGCUCACAGGGAGGUCUUCGUGCUGGAGGAACGAGGGAGAAUGAUUCAUUCCCUGCAUGGGCCAUAGUUAUUGUGGUCCUGGUGGCUGUGAUUCUCUUCCUGGUGUUCCUUGGCCUUAUCUUCUUGAUUGCCUGUACGAUGAAAACACGCCGUGCACUGGUCCAAAACACAGAGGACAAUGACCCAGAGGAUGAUGGGGGCCCUAAUUCCUACCCAGUCUACCUGAUGGAGCAGCAGACUCUUGGCAAGGGCCAGAUCCCUUCCCCACGGUGAUCCUUCAGAAAGGUCCCAGCUCUUCCAUGCCCUUCCUAAGAUGAGGAAUUAGACUCACCAUUCCUAUUUCCUGGACACCAGGAAGGGCAGAGUACUGGCAGUUAACAACAUUAACUCUUCAUCAGCUGUGUUCUUAUUGAAACUGGUCAAGGGAUGAGGUGAUAAGCAAGAAGGAGAAGCAAGAAGGGAGAUAAAGAAGAAAGAAUGAAUAAUGCAAGUGUUCUCUGCAGAAGAUGGUGGUCUUGGAAUGAAAACAUGUUUGAUGGACACAUGGGGUAGACACCAACAUAGGACACUGAGUCUUGGGAGGAGCAGCAUGACUAAAGGAAGUUUGGGGACCUUAGAAGGCAAUGCCCCAUAUCUGACUGUGAGUUGGAGAUUGAGGACAGAGUUCCUGGGUGUCAGGACCAAUCUAUAAUAUUUCCAUGUACUAUUAGAUUUUGUGUAUAAGCAGGCUCGUCUUUGACUUCCCAGGACACUUGCCUACCUCCUUUUUAAAAUGAAAAAAGUAGAAUCUGAGAAGAAAAGAGAACUUAUUUCCUUCACCCUCUCUAUACCAAGGAGAAAGGAAAAUUCCAGAAAAGAUCAUAAAUGUCUCUCAUCCAGAUGGUUCUUCCCUCUUCCUUCUGAAUCCUUUAGUUUUUUCUAAAUGUCUACAGUAGACAUCCUGCUGGUCUGGCUUUCUGGGUUGUGGGUGGCACAGAGGGAGGGAUUUUUGUGUGGUCUGCAGUCUUAUCCAUUUAUCCCCAUUCCAGACUGUCUCUGAUGGUGUUCCCCACUCAUUAUUUAUUUUCCUGUCAGUUCUACCAAAAGCCAGUCCAGGCUUUUUCCUGGAAGAGUCACUUGCCUUCUCCACUGCCCCCAUUCUCUCUCUACUCACAUUUUCACCCCAGAUUUUGAUAUUCCCCCUUGUAGGCAUAUCAUCUGGAUUUUCUCUCCAACUAUUAAAGCCCUUUCACCUAUUACUGAUUUGGCAUAGUGGAAAGAAUGAACAGAUAAUAGAUAGCUUCCUAUCUAUUGGUCUUUUUAUAAUAAAGUAGAAAAUAUUUGUAAAGUAA